AUGGAUUGUGAGGUAUGCUACAACGGAGGAGUAUGUCAUACAGACAUCGGAACCUGUAUAUGUCCUUCGGGAUUUACCGGAGCUAGUUGCGAAACAUCUCUUGGUGGUAAUCGUUUUGGGCGUGAUGGUCUAACUCCGUAUAAAAGUAAUAAGGAUGACGGAUGCAAAGGGAAUCUGUUUUGUCCGCCUAUGCCACAAGGUUGUGCCUGUCACGCUGGCUGGAAAGGACUUAGCUGUGAAACGGAAUGCAAAGCUGGCAAAUAUGGCGCUGACUGUCUGCAAGAUUGUCAUUAUGAUGCUAGUGAGUGUAAUCGUACAACAGGCUGCAAUGUGAAUGCAACGUGCAACCCUGGCUACACAGGCAUAAGAUGUUUAGGCAUGGAGGAAAUAUAUUAA